AUGGGCUGCCUCCAGAGCAUCGCCUGCAAGCCCCGCAUCAGACGGGAGAACAUCGUGGUGUAUGAAGUGUCAGCCUCUAUCGACCAGUGUCCUACAGUCAUAGAGGAGAACUCUCCCAUUGUGCUGCGCUACAAGACCCCGUAUUUCAGAGCAUCAGCCGGCGUAGUGAUGCCACCAGUCCCUCGCAACGAGACAUGGGUUGUCGGCUGGAUUCAGGCGUGUACACAGAUGGAGUUCUACAACACUUAUGGGGAUAUUGGCAUGUCAAGCUGGGAGCUGUCUGAGCUGCGUGACGGACGAGUCAAAGCCAUCAGUGAUUCGGACGGUGUGAGUUAUCCCUGGUACGGCAAUACUACAGAGACAGUGACACUGACCGGACCCACCUCCAAACCCUCCCGCCUCACGGUCAGCAUGAACGACAACUUUUACCCCAGCGUCACGUGGGCAGUCCCCAUCAGCAACAGCAACACCCCCAUGCUCACCCACAUCACCCGCGACCAGAGCUUCAUCACCUGGCUUGUGGCUAUGAACUCCAUCACAAAGGAAAGGAUUGUCCUACAGACGGUGCGGUGGCGGAUGAGAGUGGACAUUGCAGUGGACCCUGACAUGCCUCUGGGGUCUCGAGCCUCCCUGUUGGGGCGUCCCUAUCAGGAACAGCCACACAUACUGAACUACCAGGAGCCUAUUCCCCCAAACGCACUGGGCAGGCCCAAUGCCAAUGACGCUCAAGUACUCAUGUGGAGGCCACGCAGGGGGGCUCCACUUGUCGUCAUACCACCAAAAAUAAGUGAAGGCGGUACACAGAUGAAAUAA